GGGCAGAGGGGUCUCAGUAGCGGAGCCACAGCUUCCUAUCUUUGACCCUAAAUUACAUAGGUGCAGACUGGUCAUGUGGAUUCUGAUCCGCUAGAUGGGUUGGGCCUCUUCCAAUCAGCAACCGAGGCUUCUUCAAAACUACUCAGCGGAAACAUGGACCACAUCACAGAGAGGCAGAGGCAAGCCUGCUGCGGGGCACAGCUCAUCUCUGGAACAAACUGAAAAGGCAUCUUGGUGGGUGUUGGUCAGACCAGACACUAUGGAGGACCAAGACUACUUUGAAAACUACAUGUCCAACACAUCCACCGCCAGCAAGCAAAAGCACGAUGACUUCCUGGAGUUCAAGAAUCUCUUUCUGCCCUGCAUGUACGUGGCCGUGUUCCUCUGUGGCCUGGUGGGGAACUCACUGGUGCUGGUCAUCUACAUCUUCUACCAGAAGCUGAAGAGCCUAACGGACAUGUUCCUGGUGAACCUGCCCCUGGCAGACCUGGUGUUUGUGUGCACCCUGCCCUUCUGGGCCUACGCGGGCACGCACGAAUGGGUCUUCGGCAAGGGGCUGUGCCGGAUCCUGCUGGGCAUCUACACCUUCAACUUCUACACGUCCAUGCUCAUCCUCGUCUGCAUCACCGUGGACCGCUUCAUGGCGGUGGUCCGGGCCACGAAGGCCUAUAACCAGAAGGCGAAGCGGAUGAGCUGGGGCAAGGCCAUCUGCGGGUCCGUCUGGGUGGUCUCCCUGCUGUUUUCCUUGCCGCAGAUCAUCUACGGCGAUGUCAGCAAGCGAGACAAGUGGGUCUGCGGUUACCAAGAGAAGAUUUCCACUGUGGUUCUCGCCACCCAGCUGACUCUGGGGUUCUUCCUGCCACUGGUCAACAUGAUUGUCUGCUACUCCGUCAUCAUCAAGACCCUGCUUCAUGCCCGAGGCUUCCAGAACCACAAGUCUCUCAAGAUCAUCUUCCUGGUGGUGGCCGUGUUCCUGCUGACCCAGACGCCUUUCACCCUGGUGAAGCUCGUGGGCAGCACCAGCUGGGUGUACCAAACCAGGACCAGCUACCAGUGUGCCCUCGCUGUGACCGAGGCCAUUGCCUACCUGCGGGCCUGCCUCAACCCUGUGCUCUAUGCUUUCGUUGGCCUGAAGUUUCGGAAGAACUUCUGGAAACUUGUGAAAGACAUUAGCUGCCUCCCUUACGUGGGAGCCUCGAGCCAGCUCAAGUCUUCGGAGGACACUUCCAAGACGUGCUCGGCCUCCCAGCAAGCGGAGGGCACCAGCAUGUUCCAGCUGUAGGCCUCGGGGCUCAGAGAAGCUGCCCAGGGGCUCCAGCAGCACGGAAUGCAUGUCCUCGGGCGGCGGCGGCGGGGAAGGCUUUGUGUAUAGCUUGUGCAUUUUCGCAGCGAAGCGACCACACGCUGCAGCUGGUGUGCAGUGCUUCUUCUCAGGCAGGAACACAUUUGUUUUCUCCUUGAACACCCAGGCCUACAGCUCACAGGGGGAGCUAAAAGCUGUGAGAGUUUCCUUCCUCCAUCUCCGAGAAUUCUGACACCCGGGGGAAUGGCGUGUCUAAACACCCCAGCUUCUCCUUUACUGAGACUGAGACUGAAGGCUGAAGAGGUACCAUGACCACAGAGCUGACAGCAGGUGGCGUUGAGCUCCCAAGUUCAGGAGAUUCUUCUGGUUUCUGGGAGGCAGGGAUGAGAGCAGCCACCAGAACAAGUGCUGACCCUUUUCCUUUGGGCUCAAGCUUCAAUCUCCAGGCACCUCACCCAGGAGGACAGGUUCCGCCUCACUUUUGAUUUAACUUUGAAGCUCUUGUUCUGUGAUUAAUCCUGGAAGGACUAGCAGCAGGGAAUAUGAACAGGCCAAAACAAUCUAGUCAGCUGAGAAUCCCAGAGGUCCACAGAAUGCUAGAAAACUGUGUAUAGCUGAGUGUAAGAUCGCCGUGAAUCUACGAAAUGUUCUGAAAUGGAGUCUAUGUUGGGUCUGCUCAUUUUAAAACUGAAUUAUCUGCCUGGCCGAUAUGGUUCAAUGGUUAA